AAAAUAAUACGUGGCACACGGAUCUAAAACGAGUCUUGGGAUUCCCUCGGCCUGGCACGAGGAAAUCCCUCCUAAUCAAAACAAAUAGUCACCUUGCUGCAGUGUUUGGUUGUGGAGGGUCCACGAUGAUGCAAUCAGCACGAAAGACGUGUAUAUACAGAAUUAUUCACGGCGGAUUCAAAUAUCAAAAUGUGACAACAUUAAGAUGCCUCUCUGUAAAACAAACCAAGCAUCCUACAUCAACUACUUCGAAUGUUGACUUGGUUCGACACCUCAGAGCAAGGAUAAAGUCAAAUGGUCCCCUCACCAUUGCAGAAUAUAUGAAAGAAGUUCUAACAAAUCCUUUGUCAGGCUACUACAUGAAGAGAGAUGUCUUCGGAUCUCAAGGGGACUUCACUACAUCUCCAGAAAUUAGUCAGAUGUUUGGGGAGCUUGUGGGUAUUUGGUGCCUGAAUGAGUGGAUGCACGUUGACUUGACGAAGACACUGCAGGUCGUGGAGCUGGGACCUGGCCGUGGAACUCUAGCUGAUGACAUGCUCAGGGCAAUAUCCAGGUUUUCUGAUGUAAGAGAUAGUGUGUCUUUACACUUGGUGGAAGUGAGUCCAGCACUCAGUGACAUCCAAGAAUCCAAGUUGUCAGGGAAGAAGUUAGAGCAGAUCCAAGCUGAAGCAGCCACCAGAUCCUCAGAUACAGUCUCGGAGGGUGGCCAUUACAAACAGUGCCUCUCCAAAUAUGGUCAGCCUGUUUACUGGUACCAGAGUCUGCAGGAUGUACCUCAUGGACUCUCCUGCUUCAUCGCUCAUGAGUUUCUAGAUGCACUUCCCAUCCACAAGUUUCAGAAGACAGAUAGAGGUUGGUGUGAGGUGCUGAUCAGCUAUGAUGAUGACAGCAGCAGCUUUAAGUUAGUGCUGUCUCCCGGAGCGACGGUAGCAUCCACUGCCUUUCUACAGGUAUCCCCUAGCGAGACUCGAGACCACAUAGAGGUAUGUCCCGAUGCUGGUUUGAUUGUUCAGGAGCUGUGUAAAAGAAUCCUGUCACAUCAAGGAUUUGCCCUCCUGGCCGACUACGGACAUAGUGCAGAGAAGACCGACACAUUUAGAGCUUUCAAGAAUCACCAACUUCAUGAUGUACUGGUUGACCCAGGAACAGCUGAUUUAACAGCUGAUGUAGAUUUCACAUAUUUAAGAAACAUGACAGAGGCCACAGUUUCAACAUAUGGACCUUUGACACAACAAGAAUUUCUACACAAUAUGGGAAUUGGUGUUCGCCUACAGGUUCUACUUCAGAAAGCUGACCAAGAAGCUUGGAAGGACCUGAUUUCAGGUUACGAUAUGCUGACAAACCCAAAGAAAAUGGGAGAAAGAUUUAAGUUCUUAGCUUUAAUGAAUCCUCGACAAAAAGACUACAUACCAGCAGGCUUUGUAACACCUGAAGCCUUGAAGCAAUCACAAUAAAUUAUUUAUUACCUC